AUGUCUGUGGUGGAGGUUGGCACGUUUAACGUCCGGGCGGGUUACAUUGGCGACGCGACGUGUACCUGGUGUGUACCGGCACUGCGCGCCGCUGCCGCCCCGGAAGAGGUAAAUCUUAUUUCACUUCUGUACACCGCCAGUAAGAACCUCGACACGGCGCCGCUGCUGUCCUCAGCCUUCGCGAAUGAUGAGGCUGGCAGAGAUGAAGGCACCUCGCUGAGUCAAAGCGGUGAGACUGUCCCACACGCGCUACUUCCGUUGUGGAGUCUGCGCCAACUGCAGCGCUAUCCCAAUACACACAUUGACUCGCUGCGCCGACUAAAGCGAGACGUGUUGGAGAACGCUGAGCAGGACCCGCUCUGUCUCGUCCUGCCUGAGGUCUGGCACGAGCGGACGGACGUUUUGGAGGCGUUGUUUCAGCUCAUCCUCGAAACCCCCGGCCUCACGACGGCUCUCUACUGCAUGCGACCGAGUGUGGGAUGGGCAUUUGCGUCUGGCUCUGCCUCGAGCAUUGUGCUGGAUGUGGGCCAUAGCCACACAACUGUUACCGCCGUUUUGGAUGGCUAUGCACUACGCCAUUCCGUUGACACGAUUCCCGUUGGCGGCGACGCCGUCACGGCCCAGUACAGCGAACUGCUGAGCGAGCACCGACCUGUCGUCGAGGCAGCUGCGCCAGCGUUGUCGCAUAGCGUGGCGCGAGAGAUUUAUUGGUGCGAUUGGGUGGCCGACGUGAAGCACUGCUUGGCACACGUGCUGCCGUAUGUGGGUGGAGUCGGUGAUGUUGCGUCUGUUAGGGGGAAGGGACCCGCGUCAACAGCCGUCAAGGGGACUGUCGUGCGCGCUGCAACAGACUUGCAGGCACCGGACGGCACACGAGUGCAACUCGACGAGCGCAAGGCUGCUCUACCCUUCGAGGUGUUUUUUGGCACAACUGGCGACGGGAAGCGGAAUGUGGCGACACUGAUGGCCAUGUGCAAGCGACAGAUGGACCCGGAAUGGCAGCUGCAUACAGUGCCGCACUUGCUUGCGGGAGGCGGUAGCCUUGUACUUGGCUUCCGCGACCGCAUGCUGGAGGAACUGAAAGCGCUGGACUCCUCCUACUUCCGCUGUGAGCGGGAGGGGGGGCUGAAUGUGGCGCAGACUGCCGACGGUGCGUGGGUAGGGGCGUCCAUGGCCGCCUCCAGUUCCUCCUUUGAGCCGCUGUGGGUGACACGCGGUGAGUGGGCUGAGGAAGGCGCCUCGGUGCUGUACCGUAAGCUCUUCUACUAG